UGUUGUCGGGUGCAUUGUUAAGGAAAUUAUUAGUAAAAAGAUAUAACAAUGAGCUGGGAAAACGAGAGUGCUUGUAUAUAAAUUCUUAAAAGUCUUUAUUUUUCUUAACUAAGCUAUCGUUAUCAUCAAUUGAAUAGGUGCUUUUAGUGUUGAUUUGCUGUUGUAGCCUAUUAAAGUGAGCCACACAUUCUUCCGUUCCCUACUCCAGAAGAGGUUGUGUACCUUGGCACUCCUUGGCAAAAGCGUACAUACUUCAAGACAGGAGUCAUCUACAAUUCAUGUGUUCAACCAAUUAGCUUUACUAUAAUAGUGGGUUCUUUAUCCUUACGCUGUGCUACAAUUAGUGUUAUUGUGAAACAAGACAUUUAGACGGCUUGGUUAUUUACAGCACUCAAGAAAGAGGACGUUUCUUCGUGGACGCGAUAUCAUAUUAAUUUGGAUUACAAUGAAGCGUUAUUUCUUAAUUAGAACUGUGCUUAUCUGCUUUCUUGUUUUUUUCUUAGAACGGACUUUACAAAAAUCUGCACAUGUAUCUUGUAAUUGGUCAAAAUGGGAAACUUGGGGAAAAGAAGCUAAACCGUUUCACAUUGCUCUUGUUGCUGACCCUCAAUUGGUCGACCAGCAGAGUUAUAAUAGACAUGGCAUUUUCAACACGCUCACAGAGCUUUUUACAGACACUCACCUUCGUCGCCAUUGGCGACUAAUGCACAAGGUUUUGAAACCUGAUAUGACUAUCUUUAUGGGCGACUUAUUAGACUCUGGUCGAGACUUGAGUGAUAUUAUGUAUGAUCAAGAAGUGUCACGGUUCCGGAAAGUUUUUGAUGCUUCACUCGCCUCACGAGUUGAAUACCUGCCUGGCAAUCACGAAAUGGGUUUUGGCAACGGGGUGUCUUACGCGAAUGUUAAAAGGUACGAACAGUACUUUGGUCCUACUUCGAAAGUCAUUGACGCCGGCAAUCAUACCCUUGUAUUCUUAGAUGGAAUUCGGUUAUCCAAUAACAAAGAUCCUGCUGUAUAUGAACCUGCCAGAGAGUUUCUUGAAAGUUUUCAACCCAUGCGUACGGGAUUGUAUCCACGAAUUCUUCUUGGCCAUGUUCCGUUAUAUCGUCCUCCAAAUACUUACUGCGGACAGAUGCGUGAAAUAGGUACUGCCCUUGAAAUCAACGGUGGCUAUCAGUAUCAAAAUGUGCUCGACUCGCAAUUAUCCGAGCAUAUUCUUGAGAAGUUGGAGCCCGUCGCAGCUUUUGCUGGCGAUGACCAUGACUAUUGUGAGGUUUCCCAUGAGUAUAUGGACUUUUUUUCUAAACGACACACUAUUAUCGAGCGCAAUGUGAAGUCUCUUUCUAUUGCUAUGAAAGUUCGUAAGCCUGGUUACCAACUGAUUUCGCUCUAUUAUCCAAAUUACAACGAUGACUUACACAGUGACACUGGUCUCCAGACAAAACUUUGUUUGGUACCAAGCCAACUCUACAUAUACAUAUUUUACGGGGUUAUUGCUGGAGUUUUUUUCUUAUACAGUCUCAUUGCUAAUUAUCGGUUAUCAAAGCAAAUGAGGACGCUCCUCCCUUUAUACGACCCGAAAAUCCACGUUUCCCAAAAGAAGCGUUUUAAGCUUUAUGGUAAGCAAUGUCUUGCACUCACGAGAUUGGCGAGCGCGGAGCUUUUAAAGAACGGGGCCGCUCCUUUAGUACUUUUCUGCUUUUUGUUUAUCCUUGAUUCCAAGUAAAAACGACAGCAUUGUUCAAUACUUAACAUUGAUAGACUAUUUAAUACAUGCAUAUGUUUAUUUCACUUAAAGGACUAUGUUCAGAGGAAGGUGGUAAAGUCAAC